CCUGCUUCCGCCCUUUAUACUCGGCUAUCGAUUGAUUGGCCUGCAGAGGGGAAACGACGCAAGAUGGCGGAGAAAAUGUCUAGCGGCUCGCAGAAAGCGGGAGCCAAGAAACAGCUAUUGGCUUGAAUAGCCGUGAACAGAGAGAAUUGUAAUUCAUCAAUUUGAUCUGGCUGCUUUAUGUGAUCAGGCAACCUCUUUUGGAAAGUAAGCUUAAAGCAUUCAGUAUUGGCAAGAUGAGCGCUGCAAAGAGGACCCUGAGCAAAAAGGAGCAGGAAGAGCUCAAGAAGAAGGAAGAUGAAAAGGCUGCUGCAGAGAUUUACGAAGAGUUCCUUGCUGCAUUUGAAGGAGGUGAUGCCAGUAAAGUUAAAACAUUUGUGCGAGGAGGGAUUGUCAACCCUACAAAAGAUGAGCAUGAUACUGAUGAAAAGAAAGGAAAAUUAUAUAAGCCUUCUUCGCGGUUCUCUGAGCCGAAACCUCAGCCAGCACCCAUCGAGAGACCACCUCCACCAAUAUUGCUCAUUGAACCCAAGAAACCACUAUUAAAGAAAGGUGAGAAAGAAAAGAAGAAAAGCAAUUUGGAGCUUUUCAAAGAAGAACUCAAGCAGAUUCAAGAGGAGAGGGAUGAACGGCACAAAACAAAAGGCAGAAUGAGCAGAUUUGAACCUCCACAAUCAGACGCUGAGGGACAGAGACGUCCACUGGAUCCUCAAUCAAGAAGAAACAGAUCCUCUGGUGCUCUUGAUGAUUAUGCCCCUGGAUCGCAUGACGUUGGUGAUCCGAGUACAACCAAUCUGUAUCUUGGCAACAUCAACCCUCAGAUGAAUGAAGAGAUGUUGUGUCAGGAAUUUGGAAGAUUUGGGCCAUUGGCCAGUGUUAAAAUCAUGUGGCCACGAACGGAUGAGGAGAGGGCACGAGAGAGGAACUGUGGCUUUGUUGCCUUCAUGAGCAGGCGGGAUGCUGAAAGAGCGUUGAAAAACUUGAAUGGAAAAAUGGUUAUGUCUUUUGAAAUGAAGCUAGGGUGGGGAAAAGCAGUACCUAUCCCGCCACACCCAAUAUAUAUUCCCCCGUCUAUGAUGGAGCACACCCUGCCACCCCCUCCAUCUGGUCUACCUUUUAAUGCCCAGCCUAGAGAGCGUCUCAAGAACCCCAAUGCUCCCAUGCUACCACCACCAAAAAAUAAGGACGAUUUUGAGAAGACUCUGUCGCAAGCCAUAGUCAAAGUGGUUAUCCCAACAGAAAGGAAUUUACUCGCUCUGAUACAUCGCAUGAUCGAAUUUGUGGUGCGUGAAGGGCCAAUGUUUGAAGCUAUGAUCAUGAACAGAGAAAUCAACAACCCAAUGUUCAGGUUCUUGUUUGAAAAUCAGACACCCGCCCAUGUAUAUUUCAGAUGGAAACUUUACUCUAUAUUACAGGGAGAUUCUCCAAUAAAGUGGAAGACAGAAGAUUUCAGAAUGUUUAAGAACGGCUCACUGUGGAGGCCGCCACCAUUGAAUCCAUACUUGCAUGGCAUGACAGAGGAACAGGAGACUGAGACUUUUGUUGAAGAGUCCAUCAAAAAGGGUUCUCUUAAAGAAGAACAAAGGGACAAAUUAGAGGAGGUAUUGCGAGGUUUAACACCUCGGAAGAAUGAUAUUGGUGAAGCAAUGGUGUUCUGUCUUAACCACGCCGAAGCAGCAGAGGAGAUUGUGGACUGCAUAGCAGAGUCUUUGUCUAUCUUGAAAACCCCUCUCCCUAAAAAGAUUGCCAGACUCUACCUGGUAUCUGAUGUCUUGUAUAAUUCUUCAGCUAAAGUGGCCAACGCAUCUUACUACAGAAAAUUCUUUGAAACAAAGUUAUGCCAAGUAUUUGCUGAUCUGAAUGCUGCCUAUAGAGCUAUACAAGGGCAUUUACAGUCAGAGAAUUUUAAGCAACGAGUUAUGGCUUGCUUCCGUGCCUGGGAAGACUGGACCAUUUAUCCUGAGCCCUUUUUAAUCAAAUUGCAAAAUAUUUUUCUCGGCCUUGUAAAUAUUGAAGAGAAGGAUAUAGAGGAGGUGGUUGAUGACUUGGACGGUGCCCCAAUUGAAGAAGAGCUAGAUGGUGCUCCAUUGGAAGAUGUUGAUGGCAUCCCAAUCGAUGGUGCUCCACUUGAUGACUUGGAUGGUGUACCCAUAAAAGCACUUGAUGAUGACUUAGAUGGCAUUCCAUUGGACAUCGGUGAUGACUCUAAAAAGAAUGAGCCAAUUUUUAAAGUAGCACCAUCUAAAUGGGAGGCAGUAAAUGAAUCCGAGUUGGAGUCUCAAGCUGUCACAACAUCUAAGUGGGAAUUGUUUGAUCAACAUGAGGCAUCUGAUGAGGAAGAAAAUCAAAACCAGGAAGAGGAUAGUGAGGACGAAGAUGAUACACAGAGUUCUAAAUCAGAGGACCAACACUACUACUCCAACCCAAUUAGAGAUGACCUUUCAGAUUCCAAGUCCAUGAAAUACUCUGAAAUGACGGAAGAGAAGCGCAUCAAACUUCGUGAAAUAGAACUGAAGGUAAUGAAGUUCCAGGAUGAAAUGGAGUCUGGGAAGAGGCCUAAGAAAUCUGGGCAAAGCAUUCAAGAACAAGUGGAGCACUAUCGAAUCAAGUUGCUCCAGAGGGAGAGAGAAAAAGAGAUGGAGAGAGAAAGGGACAGAGAUAAGAAAGAUAAAGAAAAGUUUGAUUACCGAUCAAAAGAAAAGAAAGACAAAGAUGAUGCUACUCCAACCAGAAAAGAGAGGAAAAAGCGCCACAGUGGGUCCCCCAGCCCAUCACGCAGUAGCAGCAGUAAAAGAGGCAAAUCUCCAUCACCAAAAUCUGAACGCUCUGAAAGAUCACACAAGGACACCUCCCGAUCCAGGUCCUCUCAUAAAGACUCCCCCAGAGAUUUUAGUAAAAAGACUAAAAGGUCGCCAUCUGGCUCUCGAACGCCUAAAAGGUCUCGAAGAUCGCGGUCAAGGUCACCAAAAAAAUCUGUGAAAAAGUCCAGGUCCCUGUCCAGAUCCCCUCACAGAUCUCACAAAAAGUCAAAGAAAAGCAAACACUGACCGAACUAAACCCCGUUUCCUUGUGUUUUUUUUUUUUUUUUUUUUUUAACGUUUUUUGUUUUUCAAUGAAUAUGUCAUUUAAUGAUGCUUUUUUUUUCUGUGCCUGAGAUAUCGGAUUUAAGAAAAUAAAUAAAAAUUGAAAACAAGGGUAAAAAUAACGAAGUCCCAUAAGGCCGCAUUCCUCCAUUUCCUGUGAAUGCAUGUGUAUACAUAUGAGUAACUGCAUCUGUAGAAAUUGUCACUGUUUUAUAUUGUAAAAAAAUCCUGUCCACCGUGGUUAUGUAUUUCCUCUAAAUGAACCAUUUUGUGCUCUGAAUUUCACAUCUGUCUGUAUAUGAUCUGCUGGCGGUAGUAAACGUUUUAGUUUUUUUAUUA